UGAGAGUGACACGCUUGGCCUGUCAGUGUUAAAAGUUUAGGAUUUAUUUACAACGUUUAUGUUCUGUGGAAAUUAUAUUCGUAAAUUUUCGGAUUUAAAAUGUGAAAAUUAAAGUGUUAUUUUGUGUGUUUUUCAGCACUGUGUGAGGUUUAAAAGGAGCAUGAGUUCUUCAGAAGAUCAGAAUUUAUGGAAGGACUGUAUUUCGCCACAAGAAAAGAUUCACCAUGAGCUGUUGUUUUACAGCCAGGGACCAGUGGAUGGUUACCUCUCUGGUGAGCGUGCCAGAGAUUUAUUCUUGCAUUCCCGACUUCCACUGACAGUUCUAAGUCAAAUCUGGAACCUAGCAGAUGUGAGUAAUGACAAUGUGCUCAGUGUGGAGGAGUUUGUGCUGGCCAUGCAUUUAAUACUGAAGGUCAAGGAUGGACUACCUAUUCCAAGGUCACUGCCCAAACAUCUAGUCCCAAAGGCAAUCCCCUCACCAGACGUAUGUGAGAUAUCGGACAAGGAAAGGACUGCUUACCAAAAUGUGUUCAAUAAAAUCUCUCAGGACCAGAUCGAUGCAAUUCAAGGAAGGCAACUCUUGUUGGAGUCUAACUUACCAGUGGAAGAGUUGUCUCAAGUUUGGGAUCUGUCAGAUAUGAACAGAGAUGGACAGUUGGACAGAAAUGAAUGGAAUGUUUCGUGUCAUCUUGUCAGACAUUUAAAACAAGGUGGAAAGUUAAAUGGUCCAGUAAAUGUGUUUCAGUUGAUACCACAAUGUUUUUCUCCUGUCUGCUACCAGGCCAGGAAACACAGGGUUGAAGAGUACAAUAAAAAGAAGCACCAGCUUAUGACACUGAAGGAAAAGAGAAAAUCACAGAUUGACAGUGAAUCUAGGAGGCUUGAACUGUUAAAGAAAAGAUUUGCUUUGCACAAAGAACUUUACGAGUGUUCUAAAUCUUCAGAAGGUUUAACAGUACCAGAGGAAGAGUACAAUCUGUAUAAGGAGAAAGAAGAAAGUAACAUUGAGAAAGUAGAGGCUGUCAUUUACAGAUUAAAGAAAGAGCACGAAAAUAUUCGACAGCAGACAGUGAAAGCUAUACUGGGAGAACAGGGUAGUUUACAGGAGGACGGUAGACUAGCCAAGCUAGAACAAGAGGAGGUUAGACAGAAGUUAGCUACCUACCAUACCAAAGCAACGAAAGAUCCAGACCCAUUUCAUCAACUGUAUGAACUGAGAAGAGAUCAGAGGAAGCGCAGCACUCUUUCGGAAGGAGAGGAACCAGAAGUUCAUUUUCCAUUUAAAACAAACCCUUUCAACAAGGAAUCUCUUCAACCUAAGUUUUCUGGACAAUCUAUUUUUGUAUCUCCCAAUCCUUGUGUAUUCAACAACAAUAAUAGUCAUAAAGAAGCAGCCAUUGUAAAAGAACUGUGUGGGUUCGGAGAUGGUUUUGUAGAGAAGUGGAGUGCAGGGCUUUCAGAUAGUGAACCAGGCUAUGAUCCAAUAUUCAUGUCCCUAAAUGUGCCAAUGGAUGCACGUAGCUGGUCAGGUGUUGGCUGGUCGGAGACGGGCAGUAAAAAUGUGGAGCUGUUACACCAGAAACUCGUAGAUCUAAAAAUAGAAAUGCAGAAACUAAAUGAUGAUAAUGGAGGGCAGUUAUUGUUUAGGAAUCCAGAGGAAUACCUUGCUAGACAGAAAGCUCAGGAAGAAGAAGAGAAGUUGGAAAAGAGCAGAUUCCAACGACGUUAUGCCAGUGAUAAAAGAUCUGACAAGGAUGUAGCUAAGAGAAAGAGUUACGUACCUCCUCGUACAGUUGAUGACGAAGCCCAGAAGGCAGCAAGGGAAUAUAGGCAGAAAAGAAGGUCUUUAAAUUUUGAUAAGAGAUCUGAUCAUUCUGAUAAAUCAAACACUGGCAAAGCCUCCGAUUCAAGUAAUGCUCAAAAACAUUCUAGUUCAGAGAAGAAAUCAAAUGAAAAACCAUUGAAAAUUGCCACAGACAACACUGACAGUUUUUCUCCUGAGAGUGCAUCUUCACCAAGAACAUCGAAAACUGGACCAACUUCUCCAAGAUCAACAACUUCCCCACCUCGUCCAUCAACAAAACGCAAGGCUGCUCCCCCGCCGCCAAUUUCUACAUCCACAUCAUCAGCUGCUCCUUCAGUAACACCAGUGUCUCCAUCUGCUUCAACAACAGAAUCACCCUCAUCCCCACCAGUACAACAGGUAGCAGUGGAGGCUUCCUCUACCAAACCUGUCCCUCAGCCUAGAUCACCUCACUCUAAAAUACCAAAGCCAGUCACAAACCAGGAGUCACAGAAUUCCAAACCAAGCACACCUCAAAAUAGCUCUGAACCAGUUUCAUCAGUUCAGGGUGAAAAUAAGUCUAGCACACCACAUGAGAUUCAACAGCCUAGUAGGCCACCAAGAAGAAAGAAUAAAUCAUUCUUGCAUGAAAGUUUUGAAAAAGAACAAAACAGAAAAUCAAAGGAAAUAGCCGUGAAUGUUGAUAUAAAGAACAGUCCUGCAGAAUCUUCUGUUGCAAUAAGUAAUGUGCCAGAAUCUAAACCUGGUGAUAUUCUCCCAGAACCAGAUUCUUAUAAUGAUAAAGAAGACUCUCUUCUAGAUACAAUAAUAAAAGAACUACCAGCUUUUCAGAGGGAGAAGCCAGUUAAAGAUAUUGAAAUAAACCAUACAACAAAGGAAGAAGUAUUACCAGUUAAUGGAACAGUUGAAGAGGUCAUUGUUGCAAAUGUUGAUUCAAAUGUAGAAUGUGAGAUUAAACCUGUAAAAGUAGAUAAACCAAGAGGAAGAUUGAUUGAAUCUUACGGUAUUUCUAAAAUAGAAUUCACAGACAAGCAAAUAGAACUUGACAGAGUUAAUGUUGAUGACAGUGAUGAUGAAAAGGAAUUGAUAAUUAAUGUUCAGAAACUGUCCUAUAGUGAACGUAAAGUUUCAUUAGAGUCUGAUGAACCAGAUGGAUAUAAGGAACAUAUAAAACCUGUAGCUUACAAUAAGAGAGGUGAAGAUUUGCAACAAGCAUUUGAAAAGAUUAUAGCAUUCCCUGAUAAAAGUAAGCUUAAAGAUACAAAAGACACUUUAUCAAUAGCUUCAGAUAUUUCAGUUUCUUCUGCAGGAUCUGAAGCCCCACCAUUACCAGAUAGUGCCCCACCUCCUCUACCUUGCAUUGGGAAUUCAGAUUUGCAUCUAUCAUCAUCUUUGAGUGAAGUUAAUGAGGUUAUUAAACCUGAGGUAACUGAGAAAAUUGAAGCCAGUAAAUUACCGCAGACAGAAGAAUCUGAAAAAGUUGAAGUUAUCGAGACAAUAGAAUUGAAAGAAACUAAAGAAGUUGAAACAAAUCCAGAAAUGUCUGAAAUUCCUGAGAUUACAGAGAAGGCCAGUCCGAGGGAAGUUGUAAGUCCAAUAAGUGACCUGAAGGCUUCAAUGUUCAGUAUGCGUGUGACAUCUCCAACCAGAGAUAUGACUGGAGAGAUACAAACAAAUGGAGAAUUAACAGUUGAUACAGAUAUAGGAAAGAAAGGAGGCAGUUCAGAUUCAGACAUGUCUGAUGAUGAAGAGGCAUACACUGUUACAGGAACAUUUACACCAGGAGAGAAAGUAACAAAAGACGUUCCAAUAGAAACCAGUGAAGAGGAUGGUGGCAUACAGCUCAUUUCAUACAAUGCUAAAUUGAACAGUCCUAACAGCGAUCAGUCUGGUCCAGAUUCUGCUUUCGAGGACAUGCAGUCUAGCAUGACCUCUAAUGAUCCACUGAGCAACACCAUUGACGAAUUCUCCCCUGAAGAGUAUGUCACGGCAGAAAAAGUUGAUAAGGUGGAAAGUACUCCUAAGAUGGAAGGGAGGUCAUUCGUUCUUGAGUUUGACACCGACAUGCCAAAAAGUGGGCCUGUACUUAGCCCGACUGGUAACAAGGACUUUAUGGUAAAGGCUCAGCAGUUUGCUGACUCUGUACAGAGACCACCAAAGAUGACAGUGAAACUAAAGAGAGAGAUUCAAACUCCACAGGACCUUACUGAUGAGAGAUACCUACAGCUGGAGGCGGAAAGGCGGGCUGUCAUCAGUUCCAGUACUGUGAAGAAGAAGAAUGUUGUGGCUGCUACAUACGAAGAAGAUGCAACUGUAGACUGUCCACAAUCUCCUGAACCUGAAGAAUCUAUACAGGAAUGGCGAUCUGAAGUGAGCAAGCGUAGCAACAUUCCAUGGGAGGAGAAACCAGAUAAAGUCAAUUUGUAUAGCGAAAAUAUCAUACAGGAAACAGAAAACACAGAAGCUGUUGAUCGAGAAUCUAUUGCAAAUCUUUCCAAAGCUAGACAACAGUGGGAAACUAAAGCACAGACAACUGAAGAUUCAACGCCCAGAAAGCAGAAACAGCCACAGCAGGUGCGUCACUGGGAAGUCAAACUUCCUACACCAUUAAAAAGAGUUCCUGCAGACGUAGUGCGCACCACUAAUCAAGAUUCUGAUUCAGAAUCAGAAAACAUGGCAGACACUGAAUAUGCAAAUGAAAGUGCUAUUGAGCGAGAAAUUCGUCUCGCAAUGGAGCGUGAAGAACUGCUCAAAAAAGAACAAGAGGAGAGAGCCAAUUUACAAGAGCGCCAGGUGUCAUCGGUGAAGAAAGAACAGUUUGAGAAAAUUGAACAGAACAACAACAAGCCAACAUAUCAUGAAAUGACGGAGGCGGACCGAGGGUCAGAACUUCAGCAGCGGGAGGAACUAAUACAACAAGAAUUGCAGGAACAAGAGGAACGUGAGGCUGCAUACAGGGGAGAGACACGCACUUACGAGGACUCCAGUCAUUCCUCUGCUGAUGAAGAUGAGAAUGCUAAUGAAAGCAUCAUCGAACGUGAAAUACGUCUGCAACAAGAGAGGGAGCGGGAACUAGAGGAACGGAGGAUGCAGCAGGCUCGCACAAAUAAACAGGAACCAGUCACUGAUGAUGUAGUAAAAGAGGAAACUGUAACUGUAGAAUACACUGAACCAGUCCAGUCUACCCCACCCUCAACACUGACUGAGACCCCAGUAUCUACACCAGAUGACCUCAGUGAAGCAGAAGACCAGGCUGAGGUUAGACCAAAUGUUCAAUCAAGAAUUUCGUAUGAGGAAGCUAUUUCUAGUGCUGCUCAUGAUGGUGAGAGUUUGAUUGCUCGGGAAUUAAGAGAGGCACGGGAGAGGGAGGAGGAACUUCACAGACAGCGACAAUUAUUGGCAGCGGGAAAUACCAGUAAACCUGUUACACCUAAACAAACAGCAUCAACGAAUGUUAAAGAACCAGUCUCGAACAAAACUGUUGACAAUCAGAAAGCAACUUAUCAGAAAGAUGUGUCACCAUUUAAACAUGAACGUAGACAGUCUACAGAUUCACUUUCUUCAGGCCAUAGCAGUGAAAAACCACAAAAUGUCACUCCAAGAAGUAUGCGAGUUACAGCUUUCGGUGGUGGUGGCAUAAUGGGAAAUCUUACCUACGAAACCCCAGACAAGCCUAAACCAACAAAGAGACAAGAAACUCCUAUUGAACGUGAAAUUAGAUUAGCUAGAGAAAGGGAAAAUGAAUAUAGAAUAUCUAAAGGUCUUCCACCUCUUAAAGAUGAAAAGAAAAUUGAUUAUGAUAUUGUUGAAGAUAAAGAAGAAGAAUUGACUUUCAAAAAAUCCUCAUUCUUUCGUCCAACCCAUCACACUAAAGGAGACAAUGUUCAAAAGUUUGCUUCCUCUAGAUUACAGAAGGAAAUUAAUAAACAAACUGCUUUAGAGAAAAAAUAUCGUGAAGAGGGAAAAGUUAUAUCAACAUCGGAAGAUCACCUUGGAUUGCUUAAAUAUUCUGAUAUUGCCACACAGGAACAAACUGCUGUACCCAAAAGAAACUUUAGCAUUACGCGUAAAGGUGCAAGCAGUGCGCCCAUUAGUGAACAAAAACAGAAUGGGACAGCAGUACCCAAAUCAUCAUCAAACAUCCCCGAGCAGCCAGCACCAAAAUUUAGUCGCAGCACUUCCAGUGGUGGAGUAACAUUUAGUUACAAGGAGUCUAGACAUAAGGCUGAAUCUAAAAUUGAACAGGAGCUGAGGGAGAUGAGAGAAAGGGAGGAGGAAUUAAGGAGUCAGAGAGCAGGUUCUGGUCUAGUUUCCACACACAGUCCACGGAGCCCUGACACCACUAGUGUAGUUAACAAACGUUCACAGUUUGAGCAAACCUCAUAGCCACUUGAAACAUUUUUCUACUGCUAGGAAAUUUUGUGUUCAUUAAAUUGAAAUGUGAUGAAUCAGCCUGUGGAAUGGUCUUUCAAAACAUUUCAUUCUAUUAAUGGGACCUUCCAUUUGAUGUCUGUGCCUUAAAAGAUUUGUUUUGAAGAUGAUACAAGAGAAUGAACAAAAUACAGUUUACCAUAGUUAUACUGUAAUGCAAUGAAAAAACACAUGAAAAUAGCAUAUAUACAUUAAGUAUAUGUGAGAACACUGUAAACUUCAGUCACAUUCCAACAUUUGGAAUAUUUCCGUUAAGGUUAGACACUUCAACAUUUGGAAUAUCCACAUUAUGGUUGCCCACCUCAGCAUACGGAAUAUUCCUGUUUUGGCCAGACACUUCAACAUUUGUGACAUCUUAAUUUUGAUCAGAUGCCAGUUUUGGACUACUAUAUUUAGCAGUUGAAACUUAUGUGCAGAUGUGAAGUUAUUUGUUUAUUUUGUCAAAUAUUUUUUUACCAUACCAGGUGUUUUGAAUGAUAUUGCACUGAAGUCGAGUACUACUGUAAACAGAAUUUGCCAUGAAUAACAGUAUUUGCAGGAGAAGUAGAUUUUGGUGCUGUAGAAAAGUAAGAAAGUAAGAAAGAUAGAGUAUUAAUAAAUAGUGCGAAGUAGCAGCUGUAUACUGUAGAGAAUAGUGUAAAUACCAUGCUACUAUGUGAAUCGUCACAUUGAAAGGUACCAUCGUAUUUAAUUUUACAGUAUGUUUGAAUAUUUGUUACGUAAACUAUACGUAUUUCUAAAUGCUGAGAGAAUAUCUCGUGUUAGAAUGUUGUAAAAAGUAUGUUGACUCAAAGGGUGGAUCCAGAGCGGGGUUUGACGCCUCUAAAAUCAGGCAAGCAUAUAUUCUUAUAGCCAAAGUUGCGACCUCAUUCAUUGAAACAAUGACAUUUUCAGCUCUCUUUGUUCACAAAACAUAUCAGUAGUAUAUGUAACUGCUGAUGAGGAAUGACAGGACAACUGUUAAAUUUAAAAGAUAUCAUUUAAAUGAAGUUCUGAAAAUAUUUAGCCCGAUGUUUGUCAAUUAUAUAUCAGCUUGAAGUAUUUGUAUAUUUGUGAACAACUUUUCCAGGAGGAUAUGUUCCAAACCUCCAUAAUCCUGGUUCCACCCCUGAACUUAAAAACUAAAUUACUACGACUGUGUUAUCAACAUUAUGUCAUUUUUCUACAGAAAGUUAUUUUGUUAGGCAGGCCAUUAAAUAUCUUGCAUUAAAGUGUAUUUUUCAUUUUACAAUUAAAUAAAAUUAGGUUUUUCAUAUUUAAUUAUAUGCAAUGUUGAUUGUAAUUGUGUUUGCAGAAAAUUUUAUUCAGACUUUUCAAAUAUAUAUAUGAUAUUGUAUUUCCAAAUUGUGGCCAUUAUUUAAGUUUUGCUAGUUUUAUUAUUUUCUGGUAAAGCUUGGUUAUACAGAUUUAUAUGCUAUAAAGUUAGUGAUUGAACAGGAUGUGAAGCGUGUAAUAUUACAAUAAAAUCUUAUACCUGAGUGGAAAUUUGAGACACAGACAAGAAAUGACAGUGUAGAUUUCAGGAUUUUGUAGCCGACAGUACAUUCUGGUGUCUUAUAACAUAUGAGGAAGGUUACCAAGGAAACAACAACAAAAAUAUUAACCAUUAAAGGGAAAAAAAUAUGUUAUUAGCUUUGAUAUUUUAGAAAUUGAACAAAAAUACAAGACAGUAUUGCUUUGUUGCAUUUAUUGUGACAUUUAUCAUGUAUAGACAACAUAUGUUGCUACAGUCGGUGUAUGAAGCCGACUUAUGAAGAAUAUAACCAGGGUUUACUGUAUGUAGAUGUAUUUUCAUGGAUUAUUGUACAGUCUUUAAAGUCAACUAGGGGAAGAGAACAGAUCUGAAUACAAACUAUAGUUACUGCUUAUAGAAAUCAAAAUAUAGCCUAGAUAUAUUAGGCAUGGCUUAUCAGGUGUGAAAUUAAAAAUGAUUAGAAGCUGGUAUGUUAAAGUAGGCCCUUGUGUGUGAGAAUAUUAAAGCAUUGCUUGCUAGUAAGGUUAGUUUCUAGAUUUGAGGAUAAAUGGUGAAAGCUGCAGUUUCCUAGAAAAACCAGACUGCAUAUAGAAUGAAUCAUGAUCUCGAUGUAGAGGUGGAGAAAAUGAAUCAUAUUGAAAAGGAUACAUGAUGGUAGAGUUUGAUAUAAAAUUUAUAUCUGUGAGACAUUUAAAAACAACACUAAAAGUUUACAUUUCCCAUUUCAAUGUAUUAUUUUAUUUCAAAGACCGCUUCAAAAAGUACAGGUUUAAUCAAUUUACAUAGGACUUCAUUUUUAUCCCUAUAAAUUGGCUUUAUCAAUUAUGUACAUUUGUUUUGUCUCAUUUGUUUAUAACAAAAUUGUUGACUUUUAAAUACUGACAGAGAAUAAUGUUAAGGAAAUGUAAUCUUGAUGUGACAUGAAAACAUAAAGUUCAUACCAGUUUAAUAUCUUGUUGCCUAAUGAAGUUUACAAGUGUUUCAAAAUGUUGUUAUGUUUAAAUAUUUUCUGCCUCAUACUAAGGCUACUGUUUUAAUUUCAGCUAAUUGUUAGGUUGUUUUUGGAAAGAAUUGAAUUGUUUAAAAUAUCCAUGCCCCUGUUCACUUAUUACUUGAAUGGAAAAUUUGUUAAGAUUUAAAUUAUGAAAUAUUCAGAAAUAGCAGGAACAGAGUCGGUCAUACCCACCUAUAUUUAUAAUCCACCUGUUUACUUAUUUAGUGUGUUGAAGAGGAAUGUUGUAACACAUCAGAGGGUUGUAACAUUCAAGGUAGAUUGUAACAUUCCAGGUAGGUUGUAAUAUGCAUCAAGGUUGUAAUAUACAGCAUAUCAAGAAUUUUGCAACGUACCAGGAAGUCUGUUACAUACAAAAGUUCUAAACAUAUCAGUAAGGUUUUAUUAUACCUAGAAGGUUGAAACGUACAAAGAAGUUUGUAACAUAUCAAGAAGUUUGUAACAUACAACAGAAAGUUGUAACACCAAGAAGGUUGUAACAUAGAUUUUUAAAUUUGUAACAUACAACAGAAAGUUGUAACACCAAGAAGGUUGUAUCAUAGAUUUUUAAAUUUGUAACGUGCAACAGAAAGUUGUAACACCAAGAAGGUUGUAACAUAGAUUUUUAAAUUUGUAACAAACAACAGAAAGUUGUAACACCAAGAAGGUUGUAAUGUAGAUUUUUAAGUUUGUAACAUACAACAAAAAGUUGUAACACCAAGAAUGUUGUAACAUACAACAACAAAAUGUUUUAACACACUUUAAUGUUUGUAAUGUACAGUAAUGAUUAUAAUGGGUGUGACUAUGCCCUUUUGUUUUAUUUGAAUUGUUCCAUGGAAAACAUAUCUAAAAUUUUGUGCCUUAUAAUAAAUCUUAUUUACAUUACAUUUGAUUUGUUUAUUUUAAUUUUUGUGUGUACAUAUCAUAAAUUAAGAUAUUUUUAAAACAUAUCAUUGUACUUAAACAAUAGAUUAUUUAAGAAAAACAAGGCUUUUUUCAAGAGAGUGUUUUCUUAAAAAAAUGAAAAUAUAUGUUUAAAAUAUAUAAUAUUAACAAAUGAUAAUUAAUUCAGUGAUUACAUGUAUGGUUGUGUGAUUUACAUAUUAUUAUUAAACACGUAUAUGCCUGGAUUGUAGAAAAUAUGCAAUAUAUUCAGAGUUAAUUAUUGUACAUAGUAUUUUAACAGCAUAUAAUCAUUUGUAUGUUGCCUUAAAGUUAAGAAUAUGUUAUAUUAAUGAAAUAAAGUAUACAGAAAAUUUA